UCCCCCUGCCUCCACCUCCUCCCCUAUGGGGUGCUCCUAGCCCUGCCCAACACUGGAGCGGCUCCUGCUCAGAACGCCAGAAGCAGCUCACGUCUCUCCAGCGCCCCUUGACCAUGGCUGCGUUACCCACGGCGUCAGCUUCCCUGCGCUCCCGGGGUCCCCGCCACUGCCGCAGCCGCAGCAGCCUCUGAGCUCCAAGGGCCACUGCUCUCCUGGAUUUCCUCCCGCACCAACCGCCGCUGUGCAACCAAGGCUAACCUGCGGCCAGCCAGGAGGCUCCUGCAACCUUCGCUCGCGGAGAUGACAGCCACCCCAGAGCAGCCGGCUGUGUUCGGACAAUUUGAGAAUGCAAUUGUUGGUUUCCCUGUCCACCCGUCCUGCUUCGCUUGCCAUCACAGCACGCCUGUUGGAUCUCAGUGGAGAAGUCCCGCUGCUCUGUUUUUUCAACUCUCCGUAUAGACUCGCCUAACACCUACAUACAUACUUUAAAAAAAAAAACAUUAAAUAUAACUAAUAGUGAAAAGAAAAAGGAGAGAAAGAAGGGUAACAUUACUGGGUUACUAUGCACUUGCGACUGAUUUCUUGUUUUUUUAUCAUUUUGAACUUUAUGGAAUACAUUGGCAGCCAAAACGCCUCCCGGGGAAGGCGCCAGAGAAGAAUGCAUCCUAACGUCAGCCAGGGCUGCCAAGGAGGCUGUGCAACAUGUUCAGAUUACAAUGGCUGUUUAUCAUGUAAGCCCAGACUAUUUUUUGUUCUGGAAAGAAUUGGCAUGAAGCAGAUAGGAGUGUGUCUCUCUUCGUGUCCAAGUGGAUAUUAUGGAACUCGAUAUCCAGAUAUAAAUAAGUGUACAAAAUGCAAAGCUGACUGUGAUACCUGUUUCAACAAAAAUUUCUGCACAAAGUGUAAAAGCGGAUUUUACUUACACCUUGGGAAGUGCCUUGACAGCUGCCCGGAAGGGUUAGAAGCCAACAACCAUACUAUGGAGUGUGUCAGUAUUGUGCACUGUGAGGCCAGUGAAUGGAGUCCAUGGAGUCCAUGCAUGAAGAAAGGAAAAACGUGUGGCUUCAAAAGAGGGACUGAAACACGGGUCCGAGAUAUACUACAGCAUCCUUCAGCCAAGGGUAACCUGUGCCCACCACCAAGCGAGACCAGAACGUGUAUAGUACAAAGAAAGAAGUGUUCAAAGGGAGAGCGAGGUACAUACUCACUAACACAACUUUUUUCUUUGAAUCCUCCCAAUUUGAUCCAUAUUUCACUUUAUAUCUUAUGGAAUAUUUGGCCACAUUCAUCAUGCCGGACGCUUUAAAAUGGGUA